UUCAGACCGGGAGGCCAGAGGAUAUUUAGAGAAAUAUGCCCUUAUAGAUGAGACUCCUGCUGUGGAAGAGGAACUAACUGAUAAAGAAAAAUGCCCAGAGGAAGGUCCUCGGGUAAUGUCCCAAGAUUUGUAUGAAUUGGUCAAUUUGCUGUCAGAGCCUGAAAAAGGUGAAGAGCCAAAUUCAGAGGAGGAAAUCACAGACUUCUUCAGGUCCAGUGCCAACGCUUCUCCAUGUGAUAUAGAGCCUCUCUCUCGAUAUCUCGAAGAGGAUGAAACCCAAUCAACUACACAGAGUAAAGACGAGACAAACAAAAAUGUCUCCUUCAAGGUAGAAAAAGUCGAUGUAGAUCCACUUAGCAUCUCAAGCUUUGAGUUUCCCUCGGAGGAACCUGAGUGGGGGAGUACAGAUGAUCAUCUUACAGACCUGGACGAGAAAGAUGUCAGUGUGCAUCCAGCUCAGGAAUUUCAGAAACAAGAUUCGGAAAUGCAAAAGCCAGUUGCCCCUCCCAGGAAAAAGGCAACCUCUUCUCCUAAGGCAUCACUGGACUUAACACCUCUGACUCCAGUUGAUGUUAUUAUACAGGAAAAAGAAGAGGCUUGUGGAAAGGAACAGAGGGAGGAGGAGAAAGAGACGGCAUCACCAACAGAGACUGCCGACGAAGAAGACGGAGAAGGAGAGGAAACGCUGGCUGCCCUCCCGGUCGAGGUUGGCGAGAGAAGACCGACGUGUUUACGGUGCCGUCGCCCUCAGAAGGUGUGUCUCUGUCCGUUUCUUCCAACACAACCCCUGGAGGUCUCCACCUGUCUGCAUGUAGUCCAGCAUCCUGCAGAGGAAAGCAGAGUACUUCGCACAGUGCCUCUACUUGCUGCUUGUUUGCCACAAGGAAAAUGCAAUGUCAUAGUCGGAAGGAGAUUCAAUGAGGAAAAGCACCCGGAGUUGGCUGCAGUAUGUCAGGACAGCAGAACGUUGAUCCUGUACCCAGGCCCCAACUCCCAGAACCUGGAGGAGUUAGUGCAAUAUCAGGAAUUAGGCACUGUGAAACAUAAUGUGAUCAUCAUAGACGGCACCUGGAGCCAGGCCAAAAACAUGUUCCUCAAAAACAGCCUGUUCCACCUGCCUAAACAGGUCCAGCUCAAUAGGACUCUGUCCAGUCAGUAUGUGAUCCGCACACAACCCUCCAACAUCUGUCUGUCCACGCUGGAAUGUGCCGCUGUCGCCCUGUCCAUCCUGGAGCAGAAUGACAACAUCCAAGAGGUCCUGCUGAGGCCCCUGAAAGCCCUGUGCUCCUUCCAGCUGCAGCACGGCGCUCAGAUUCAUCACAGCAAGGAGCACCUCCUUAAGAAUGGCAUGUAUGACAAGCCCAUGCCCAAGAACAAACGCAAGAUAAAGAGGAUGGAGAAACUCGUCACGGACCACAACAUCUGUCCAAGAUGAGGGAGCAACUGGGCAGAGAAACCAGGCUCUACUCAUCUCCGUAUGCACAGCCGUCUACGCUGCACAGGACUGUAUCAUCAGGGCAGCUUGUAGCAGCAUCGGGGCACAGACAUGGAAACCAGUGGACUUAACGGGAAUUUUAUUUUCCUUUUUUUUUUUUUUUUCUUUAGAUAACUGACGAUAUAUGUAAUUUAUGUAUUUGUCAUUAAUUGUAAAUAAAUUAAUGACAAAUUUAAGAUGUAGUUUAAGUGUCAUUGUGUGACAAUAGAUCAGGUUUAAUUGUUUUUAAAACUGUUUAACUUGUUCCUCCCUGCACUUUAUAAACACUGUGGUGCUUCUGUUGUGAUGGCUAAUGGAAGGGCUGAUUCCACUGGUGUUUUUUCAAUAAGUUAAAUCUUUAUUCAGAUAAAUUUCAAAAUAAAAAUACCUCCAAAACAAAUGUGAUAUUCCAUUAAACUUCCUGACACACAAGACAGGAGGAAAAAUGUGAAACCGCCAUUAAGAAUUUUAUUGUACUGUUUUUAUAAGUCAGCAUUGUUGAUGUGAGGGACAAUUUUGCUGUAAUGAUUUUAAAUACUUGUCAUUGUAGUUGUGGACCUACAGAAUAUGGUCCUCUAUGCCGUAAAUAACAUCUCAAAAGAUUUUUAAUUAGGAGCUGCAAAAAAUGUAGCCGUGUUAUUAUAACUCAAACUCAUUAAUUGUAGAUGUAGGCAUGUAAAGUGAUUUUUAAAUGUAGACAUGAUGUAUUAAUGGGGUCUCCCAAGCCGUUUAGUGACACUUUAGUUCAAAAGGAUCAAAUUUAAUUAAUAAGAUGUACACGUUACGUCCCAUACAGAAUAAUUAAACACUGUUUCAGCCUCUCAGCCUUCGUUGCUGUUUUGAAGUGCCUCCAAAGAAACUCUGGUUAGAUUUUUCUUCUGUAUAAUAUUCUCAGAAAUGUUAAAAUAAUAGCAAGGGUUGUUUUUCUGUGUGUAUAUAAAAUGUGUGUACCUGGAUGCAGCAGUAUGACCCUCAAAUGGAAUCAAAUUUGUACUGCUUGUGCAUAUAAUAAUAAAAUAGAAUACUAAUACCUGCA